AUAUUUUUAAAACACAUACAUUUAAUUGUUCUGUUGUUAAAAAUAUCAAAGUGAGUGACAAUUUUGCCUGGUUGACAAUCUCAGUUGUAGAAACUAUUUUCAUCAUCUGGCCAUGUUGCCACGUUGGAACCUGGAUAAACUAAAGUUUUAAUGGAUAUGUUAAAGGGAGGGAGAAAAUCACAGGAAUGCCGCGGCAUUCGCUCUGUUCUGGACGGUCGAUUUGCAAAGAGCUAAGAGCGUGGGGUUUAAAUGCAUAUAUAUGUAGAUGGCAUAACAACAACAAAAAUCAAUAGAAGGAAAACAUGGAAGCCUGUGGAAUUGCAACAAAAUUUCAUUUAAUUGCUCUGCAAAGUCACCCACUAAACAAAUCCAAAUUUUUAGUUAAGUCGAAAACCCACUUGUUCUGUAAACCCGCUCUGAUCAUUCUCUCCAAGUUCUCUGCCUCCCCUGCCUAUCAGACACGGCCACGGCCAUAUGCAUAUGCAAAUGCCUGCUGCUGCUCCAAUGACACCAACUCUUUUGCAGUACAAGCAGAUACAGAGGCGGGCCAUGACAGAACUGUGAGGGUAAAGCUGAUCCUGCAAAAAGAAUGUGAAUUUGGUGAAGAUUUCUGUGUUGUUGGAGAAGAGCCCAUUUUGGGAUCAUGGGAUCCCCAGCUUGCUAUUCCAAUGAUAUGGUCGUCUGGUCACAUUUGGACAACACCCAGCCUGGAUAUUCCACUGGGUAGGAAGAUUUAUUUCAAGUUUAUACUCAGAGACAAGGAGGGGGAAUUCCAUUGGCAGCUAGGCCCUGAUCGUGUGUUUGAAACCUGGGAAACCCGGACUACUUUACUGGUUUCACAGGAUUGGUAUGAUUCUGAUCUUCAGACAAUCACGGAGGCAGAAACUGAAGAACAAACUAUUCAAGAAACACUUGGAGAGGCAGAAAUUGAAGACCAAGUUGUUAGAGCAACACAAGAAGAGUUUGCACAGACUAGAGCUGGCAUCGUUGAAAUAGGGGAGAUUGACGGAGGAGUUCCGGUUUUGGUCCCUGGAUUGACGUCGAUAUCUUAUACAGCCGAAGAGGCUACUAGAGAAACACUUGGAGAGACAGAAACUGAAGAUCGAGUUGUUAAAGCAACACAAGAAGAGUUUGCAGAGACUAGCGAUCGUAUCGUUGAAAGAGGGGAGAUUGACGGAGGAGUUCCGGUUCUGGUCCCUGGAUUGACAUCGUUAUCUUCUUAUAUAGACGAAGAUUGUUCAUCAACUGGGGCAGUUCCUGGAUUGAAAAAUGUCUUAAGUGCAGAUAUAGAUUGUUUGACAAAGAAUGUUGAAUUUCCAGGGGAAUCCCCUUCAGCCAUCCCGACAGCUCAAGAAGUAGAAAAUCAACAACAACAGCAUCAAAACAGCUCAUCAUAUGUUGAGAAUGGUUCAGUUAUGCGUAACAAUCAUGCCUCUCUCAGUGGUGAUGAUGAAGCUUUGACAUCAGGUACUACAGAGAUAUCUGUUAAUAUUGAGAAGGAAGAAACUUCAACAUCAAGUGCUAAGGAGUUGAUUGAAAGCGAAAAUACAGGAGCUUCAUCUGAAUCAAGCUGUAAUGAGGAGGAGAAUUUCAGUACAAUAAAGCAUGAAUCAGAUUCCCCUUUACUUCAAAAAGACUUAGAUUGGGGGCGUGCUGUUCUGUCUAAGCUUAUUUGGAGCUUGGGGCUUAAGAAUGAGUAAGUGAUUUACAAGUCUAGUCAACUGAAAAUGAAGACACUGCAACUAUAUCUGAAUGAAGCUUGAAUGAGCAAGAAUAGUUCUCACUGGGUUAUUCUGUUCUUCAAAGGAUCUCUGAUUGGAGCCAAAAUGGGUUGUCUAAAAUCAUACAGAGCUUGGACUUCACGCAUCAGGAAGUCAAUGAAUAAUAAUAUAAUAUAGAAGCAAUGAAGUUGUUCUUUUAUCAAUAGCUAGGAUUAUCUAUAAUUCUUACCUGGACUCGAUUUUUAUAUCAGAUCUUGUUGUAGAAAAUAUAGGGUUGUUUGCCGUUUCAUUGUCUUUUGCUCAAAGCAUUUUCGAAAUUCUUUGCUUAAGUUGUAUCCUCUGCCUAUUCCAGUUAUUGUCAAGUAGCUUUAAUUCGAUUCACUUUUUUUGUACGAUUCAGUGAAGAUUUGAAAUUGUAAAAUAAGGAAAACACUUGGAACUGGUAGCAUAGGUUCGAUGCUUUGAAAAGAUCACGCAAGAACUUUUAAUUCAGUGACUCUGAUUUUAGGCCU